AUGUCCCUAUCAAACUACCUCGCCUCCAAAUACCUCACCGCCGAACCCUCCAAAAAGCGCAAACGCAAAGACAAAUCCAGCACCUCCCAACCGGGCCUCAUAAUAGCAGACGACGACGCCCUCGGCUGGACCACCACCCUCACCCCCGACGAAGAAGCCAAACCCCUCACCAUCACCUCCACCAGCGCCGAAUUCCGCAAAUCCAAAACCAACGCCUGGAAACCCGUUGGCGAAGCCGCGGCCGCAGAACAGAUUCUCGCCGACACAGCGCGGGAGAACGCGGCCGCGCUGCAAGAAGAGGAGCCGGUUGUAGAGGAUGACGGGGUUGUGAAGAUGGGGGAUGGUACGCAUGCGGGACUGCAGAGUGCAGCGGAUGUGUCGAGGCAGUUUGAGAAGCGGAAGAGGGCUGAGAGGGAGCGGUGGGAGAAGGAACAGCGGGGGGGGAAGAAGGGGGGGAGGAGACUACGGCAGGAGGCGCGACGGGAGGCUGAUGAGGCGGCGAAGAAGGAGCGUGAGGCGGCAGAGGCUCAAAAGGGCGAUUACCAGCGUGCGUUGAAGGAAAAACGGAAAGAGGAGCUUGAUGAAGCGCGGUUUCUGGGUGUUGCAAGGGGUGUGGAUGAUGUGGAGAUGAAUGAGGAGUUGAGGGGGGUGGAGCGGUGGAAUGAUCCCGCCGCGCAAUUUUUGGUUAAGAAGAAGGAGGGAAAGAGUGUUACGGGAAGACCGUUGUAUAAGGGUGCUGCGCAGCCGAAUCGGUAUGGGAUACGUCCUGGGCAUAAAUGGGAUGGGGUGGAUAGGGGGAAUGGGUGGGAGGGGGAACGGUUUAAGGCGUUGAAUCGGAAGACGAGGAAUAAGGAGUUGGAUUUUGCGUGGCAGAUGGAUACGUAG